AUGAGUCGAACUGCCAACUUAAUCAGAAAUGAAGUGGUUGUGCACGUUUGCAGAGAACAGUACUCGUCUAUUCACGACCGCCCCUCUUUGUCUGUGUGCGCAGCGGGCUGGUUGGCGCAAGUGGCUGGAGGCGCCGACUGCGGAAACACGACCGUCCUCAAGGAGUGCCUGGACCAGGUGCCUGCCGUGCUGGGCGAAGGCGGCCGCGGACUGCCCACGUCCAAGGACGACCUGACCAAGUACUGCAGGGGUUUCAAGACGGGCAUGUCGUGCAUCGACUCGUACUCGCGCUGCAUCGACGAGCCGAUGCGGCGCCUGUUGGACGAACAGGUGGCGGCGGCGCGCUACUUCUUCAUGUUCCUCUGUGACGACCCCGGCUUCCGCGAAAGGUACCUGCAGUACAGCCGCUGCUACUCGACAGUUUCUGACGACUGGGACUCAUGCGUGUCGCGCUUCUCGCAGCUGGUCAACGAGGAGGUCACCCGGCAGUCUACCAGCCAGGCGCAGCGCCUCAUAGAGCUCUGCUGCGCCAAGUACGGCUUCCUGCAGUGCGUGCUGUCGGCGACGCGGAUGCGUUGCCAGCGCCAGGAGGCGCUGUUCCUGCACCGCAUCGCCGAGACGCUGUCGACGGUGCACGUGUACUCGCCCGUCUGCCACGAGCUAGGGGGCGCCACCUGCAGCGCUGCUGCGCAUACCCCCACCACCAGGGGCGCCGUCCACUCCUGGCUACUGCCGCCAGUGCUCUACUACUCAGUCUCCGAACUCAUUUGGGACUGAGAUGUUGAUGCUGUUUAUUACUGCACCCACCAUGCUGGAUAACAAGACGUCACACGUCUGAAGGAUUUUGUAAAUUAUUGUACUAAAUUUUCACUGC